CAGCAGCCAUCAGGCCACACGGCUGGGGGACACAGUGGGACCUAGGCCUCUGGGCCUGUCACAUUAAAGGAUUUCAUCAGUGCAGCUGCGGUACGGGUUCUCGCAUCUCCUGCCCUGGGCGGCCCUGGGCAGCCAGAGGCAGCCACCAGUUGCUGGUUGAGAAGACGACGGACUCACCGGCGGCCGAGUUCUCGCUGGUGGAGGACGUGGCGCUGCACUUCGCCUGCUUGAUGGGCCGCCUGAACGAGCAGCGCCUCUUCCAGCCUGACCUGUGCGACGUGGACCUGGUGCUGGUGCCCCAGCGUAGCGUCUUCCCGGCCCACAAGGGCGUGCUGGCCGCCUACAGCCAGUUCUUCCACUCACUCUUCACCCAAAACAAGCAGCUGCAGCGCGUGGAGCUGUCCUUGGAGGCGCUGGCGCCCGGCGGCCUGCAGCAGAUCCUCAACUUCAUCUACACGUCCAAGCUGCUGGUCAACGCAGCCAACGUCCACGAGGUGCUCAGCGCCGCCUCACUGCUGCAGAUGGCAGACAUCGCCGCGUCCUGCCAGGAGCUGCUGGACGCCCGCUCCCUCGGCCCCCCAGGCCCCGGCGCCGUGACCCUUGCCCAGCCGGCUGCCAGCUGCACCCCGGCCGCACCACCCUACUACUGUGAUAUCAAGCAGGAGGCCGACGCCCCGGGCCUGCCCAAGAUCUACGCCCGUGAGGGCCCUGACCCCUACUCGGUGCGCGUUGAGGACGGGGCUGGGGCCACAGGUGGCACGGUGCCUGCCACCAUUGGGCCGGCUCAGCCCUUCUUCAAGGAGGAGAAGGAGGGUGGCGUCGAGGAGGCCGGCCGGCCCCCGGCGAGCUUGUGCAAGCUGGAGGGUGGGGAGGAGCUGGAGGAGGAGCUUGGGGGUUCUGGCACCUACAGUCACCGGGAGCAGUCCCAGAUCAUCGUGGAGGUGAACCUCAACAACCAGACGCUGCACGUGUCCACAGGGCCCGAGGGGAAGCCGGGCGCCGCCACAGGCCCGGCCACCAUGGUGCUGGGCGGGGAGGACGGGCUGCAGAGACACUCGGAGGAUGAGGAGGCCGAGGAGGAGGAGGAGGAGGAGGAAGAGGAGGAGGAGGAAGAGGAGGGCGGUGGCAGUGGAGGGGGGGAGGAGGAGGAGGAGGAGGAGGGCGGCAGUCAGGGGGAGGAGGACGAGGAGGAGGAGGAGGAGGACGGACACAGCGAGCAGGAGGAGGAGGAGGAGGGGGAGGGGCACAGCGAGCAGGGUCAGGAGAGCUCGGAGGAGGAGGAGGAGGACGGGGAGGAGGGGGAGGAGGACGGGGAGGCGGGAGGCAGGCAGGGGCCGGGGUGUCGCGGCAGCGGGGCAGACGCCCCUCCCCACAGUCGCAUGGCAACGCGGUCCGCCCGGCGCCGGGGCCUCCCAGAGCCUGAGGAGGCUGGGCGGCAGGGUGGGAAGCGGCCAAAGCCACCUGCAGGAGGGUCUCCUGCCCCAGCCCGAGGGCCACAGACCGCUGACGGUCUGGGGGCCAAGGUGAAGCUGGAGGAGAAGCAGCACCAUCCGUGCCAGAAGUGCCCGCGUGUUUUCAACAACCGCUGGUACCUGGAGAAGCACAUGAACGUGACCCACAGCCGCAUGCAGAUCUGCGACCAGUGCGGCAAGCGCUUCCUGCUAGAGAGUGAGCUGCUGCUACACCGGCAGACAGACUGCGAGCGCAACAUCCAGUGUGUGACGUGUGGCAAAGCUUUUAAGAAGCUCUGGUCCCUCCACGAGCACAAUAAGAUUGUGCACGGCUACGCAGAAAAGAAGUUCUCCUGUGAGAUUUGUGAGAAGAAGUUCUACACCAUGGCUCACGUGCGCAAGCACAUGGUCGCCCACACCAAGGACAUGCCCUUCACCUGCGAGACCUGUGGGAAGUCCUUCAAACGCAGCAUGUCUCUCAAGGUGCACUCACUGCAGCACUCCGGGGAGAAGCCGUUCAGAUGCGAGAACUGCAACGAGCGUUUCCAGUACAAGUACCAGCUGCGGUCACACAUGAGCAUCCACAUCGGCCACAAGCAGUUCAUGUGCCAGUGGUGUGGCAAGGACUUCAACAUGAAGCAGUACUUUGAUGAGCACAUGAAGACCCACACAGGGGAGAAGCCGUACAUCUGCGAGAUCUGCGGCAAGAGCUUCACCAGCCGGCCCAACAUGAAGCGGCACCGGCGCACGCACACCGGCGAGAAGCCCUACCCCUGUGACGUGUGCGGCCAGCGCUUCCGCUUCUCCAACAUGCUCAAGGCGCACAAGGAGAAGUGCUUCCGCGUCAGCCACCCCCUGGCCGGCGACAGCGCCCCCGCAGCCCCGGGCCUGCCCCCCGCCCUGCCCCAGGCCCUCCCCCUGCUGCCCGGGCUGCCCCCGACCCUGCCUCCCCCGCCGCCGCUCUUCCCCUCCGCUGCCAGCCCCGGCGGGAGGCUGAACACCAACAACUAACUGCCUGCCUGCUGCACGGGCCCAGGACCCUCCACUCGUCCUCGUGGGGCGGGGCGGGGGGUAGCAACACCUCCAGAGUUGGCUGGACACGCUCUGCCCGGGGCCUCUGACCCUGGGGGCUGUGCAGGCUGGCAGCCCCCAGAGCUGGCGGAGGACACCUCACUCCCAAGUGCCCCCUUUCAGCGGCUCCUUGAAGCCUU